UCUGAAGCACAGAGUCAACGGUCAAUGAGCCAAUACCCACCUCCCCCGUAAAAUUAACGGUUUCCACAACACUUUCUCUUCCACCAAACAAAUUUUAGCAACAAUUUUAUCAAAAUUUCAAUUACCAAAAUAAUCAUCUUCUUCACUUGUCUUUUCUCCCUGCAUUUCUGUAUACAUCUUUUCUCUUUUCCAAAACAUUUGCAUGGAUGCUACUAACAACCCACCAGAAACUGUUAAUGGCAUUGCACCAAACGAACAACAAGAUGCCACUAAUUCAAAAUCAGACUCUCAGCAGGAACACUCUGGCGAGUCUGAUCAUAAACGAAAUAUUGUUGCUGAGGAGAGUUCUUCUUUUCCUGAAUUUUUAAGUCUCUCUCAAGCCUUGGAAGAUGUUGAUCGAUUUGUUGAUACAUUGUCAAGGACCGAUAAUGAUAAGUCUAACAAUCCAUUGGAGGUUCCGAAUUGUGUUGAAUCGUUAUUGAAAAUGGUUGAGAAAAAGAUGUCCGAUUAUGAUUCUAAUAGGUUCGGUGACAACCCAGAUGAAGAUUCGUCCUUCUUUGAUUGUUUGUCUCGAAUUUCCAAGUUGAUCAAUGCAUUCAAUCGGUUCACUCAUGAUCCAACAAUUGCUGCUUCUCUUAACAGAGCAAGCACUGUUUUGCACAUGGCCGUGUCAUUAUUGGACAGCGAGUUUCGAGCCAUUUUAGAUAUUUGCUAUCGCAACAACAACAACAAUAAUACCAAUAACAAUGCAGAUUCUAAAACGCCAAAGGCAUUAAAGGCGACAUCUUUCAGCUUGCAUCAUCAGGAUUCGGGUCGAACAGUACAAUCAGAACUCGAGUCGACCCAAGAAGAAGAAUUCCCUGCUUAUUCUCAAGAAUCAAUCACCCUUAUGAACAAAAUCGCGACGGCGAUGAUUUCAUUAGGAUACAAAAGGGAAUCUUGUAUGGCUUAUAACAUGAUACGGCGAUAUGCUUUCAACACCGAACUGGACAAGCUAGGAUUCAAUAAUAUCAGCAUAGAAGAUGUACAAAAAAUACAAUGGGAUGCCCUGGAAGGAGAAAUCGCAGCAUGGAAUGAUGUCCUUAAGCAUUGUUACUCGAUUCUGUUCCCCAGUGAACAGAAGCUUUGCGAUUCUAUCUUCUCAGAAUACCCUUCAAUUUCUCAAAGAUUAUUCAGUGAUCUUGCAUUAGCAGUAACGGUCAGGUUUCUCAAUUUUGCAGAAGCUGUUGCCUUAACAAAAAGAUCAGCAGAAAAGUUGUUCAAGUUCUUGGACAUGUACGAAACAUUAAGGGAUAUUAUUCCUGCCAUUUAUAGUAUUGAUUCUGACGAACUGAAAUCAGAAACCUCUGUUGCGAAAAGCAGGCUUGGAGAAGCAGCCGUAAGCAUUUUCUGUAAUCUUGAGAAUUCAAUAAGAAGAGACCAUAGCAAAACUCCUGUUCCAAGCGGUGCUGUUCAUCCAUUAACUCGCUACACAAUGAAUUAUCUUAAAUAUGCCUGUGAGUAUAAGGACACAUUGGAACAGGUAUUCCUACAACAUAAAAUAGAAGCAAGUGCAGAAGCAACAUCAGAGGCAACAGAAGAGAUCAAGAUAGGCGCCAACGAUGAUGGAACACCAAAAACAUCACCAUUUGCAGUUCAGUUAAACAUGGUAAUGGACCUGCUUGAUGAAAAUCUUGAAAUGAAAUCAAAAUUGUAUAGAGAUCCUGCAUUGCGAUUUGUGUUCUUGAUGAACAAUGGAAGAUAUAUACUGCAAAAGAUUAAAGGAAGCAAUGAGAUCAAUGACAUAAUGGGUGCUACAUGGUGUCGAAAACGAUCGACUGAUUUAAGACAAUAUCAUAAGGGUUAUACAAGAGAGACUUGGGGCAAACUAUUGCAAUGUCUUGUCCAUGAAGGGUUGCAAGUGAAUGGCAAAGUGGCAAAGCCUGUAUUGAAAGAAAGGUUCAAGAUGUUUAAUUCUAUGUUUGAUGAAAUACACAAGACUCAAAGUACAUGGGUGGUUAGUGAUGAGCAGCUGCAAUCUGAGCUUAGAGUUUCUGUAUCUGCUGUUGUUAUUCCAGCUUAUCGGUCGUUUCUUGGAAGGUUUCAGCAAUACUUCUCGUCCGGUAGACAGACGGAGAAGUACAUAAAGUAUCAGCCUGAAGAUAUUGAGAAUUUGAUUGAUGAAUUGUUUGAUGGAAAUCCAAAUUCAAUGGCAAGGAGGAGAACAUAGUUUUGGAGUAUAGCAAUUUGGAAAGAAAUUAAGACAGACUAUUCAAUUAGAUAGUCUCUUUCUUUUGUUGGUUUAUGUGUAAUGUUUGAAUGUUUUCUUUUUAUUUUGUGUACAAUUUUUCAGACUUUUUCUUUUUUUGUAUACUAAUUUUUGAUCAUUUGCUUCUAAGGGGUUUUUCCUUUUUUCUUUUGGUAUAGUUUUUCGGGCAUAAGAACACACAUCAAAUGCUUUUGACAAAAGAAUUGCUUUGGCCAAAAGGAGUUUCUUUUGCAUCAUAUGAACUGAAUUAUGAAGUAGUUUUGGAAAGGCUAAUUAGAAAAAGCUCCUUUAGGAACUGAGUUCUAUCAUUGAUCUUUUUCAAGAAUCUUGUUUUGUUCUUUUGGUUACAUCAAAAUCUCCUUUUAAUAAGAAAAAAAAAGAGAAAGAAAUUGCAUCCAUUUAUUAGGCAGCUUUUAUCCUAAAACAAAUCAACAAAACUAUGCAACCUAUUGAAAUGAUUUUUCAUUAUAAUUUAUUAAUUAUGUGAAUUUUUUAUACUAUUAUUUUCAUGUUUUUUUAAUU